GUUCGGUUCGAAGCGUGUCAAAGUGAUUAUUUGUCUUUUCCGUACUUGGAAAACACAGUUUCGAGCAAAUUUUAUCACAAAACUUUCUUCUUCGGUCAUGAACAACGCUGUCCAGUUAUGGGAUGGCAAUUUGUCAGUUAUAACGCGUCCAAUGCCUCGUGUUCAAUCAGGUUUGGAUGUUAUUGUGAAGAUCACGUACGCGGCWGUAAGUGGAACUGAUUUGGACGUUUUGGAGGGGAAAUUACAGCAUUCAAAAUCGAUYAUACUUGGACAUCAAUUUGUGGGGAUUGUCAAGGAAAUGGGAGCCGAUGUAAAGCAUAUUUCAGUUGGGGAUCGCGUKGUAGUCAAUCCACAUACKAGCUGUAACAUGUGUGACUUCUGCCUAAAAGGCCAGCCUUUCUUUUGCAAAGUAGAGGGUCGACAUGCAACCAUUGGUUUGAGGAGAAACGGUGGCUGGGCACAAUUCUGUAGACUGACGGCAAAGAACGUUAUACCCCUCCCYCUGCAAGUAACCUUUGAACAAGCACUAUUCACAGAACCCUUGUCAUGUGUUCUCAAUGGUUGGAAAUCWCUUGGACCCAUCCAAGACGAYGUCGAAAUUCUUAUAUGUGGUGCAGGCAAUACAGGUCUGCUCUGGGCUUCWUUUCUUCAUUUCCGAGGCUAUAGAGAAGUAGUAAUGUGUGACAUCUUGAAAGGAAGACAAAAAAUUGCACAAAAGCUAGACUUUGGAUAUCAAGUUGUGACACCAGAGAUUUUAAUCUCAGAAGCCCGCAAUGCUGAAGCUGAGAAGGAUGACGAAUGGGGGUUUGACAUUAUCAUCGAUAGCACAGGAGAUCCCAAAUCAUUUGAGCAAAAUAUUAAACUUUUACGUCAUGGAGGACGGAUUCUCCUUCUUGGGACAACAUCUCCGACUUCWGAAGUAACACUCAACCCUUAUGAUAUUUGGCAAAGAGAACUAAAAAUACUUACAGCAGGGCCAAACCCUUUAACAUUUACGUCAGCCAUUCAAGUUAUUAAGGACAUGGGAGACAAGUAUUUAAGUUUUGAUAAUUUAGGKRUYCGUACGUUUCARCUACAGGAAUACAUGGCUGCCGUUGAAACCAUGAGAAGUGGAGAAAUUUCUAAAGCUGUUUUUGAAUAUUGAUAAAAGGGAUAUAUAUUUUUGUAGUUUUGAACUCAAACAAUCAAGGAAUAUAUCUAGAAUAUUUUGAAUUAUCAGUCUUAUAUACAACAAUGAUUAUAUAUGUAUAGUCAUAUUUACCUAAAAACUAUACUAACAUAUUCAAUUUCAAUARUAUUGCUUGAUAAUGUCUGCAAAUGGUAUCAACAUUCUUCAAUUUUCUAUGACUAUUUGUAUGCUAUACUAGAAUUCCUGCAGAUAGCUGAAACUUGCAUUUUUCAAAUAAAAUCAAAAUGAAAAAUUGACCAUUUU